AUGGCGAAAUCGAAGGCCGCGAAGAAGCGCAAACAGAACGCCCAGGAUGAGCUUCCGCGAAAAGCUCCCAAGACCGCAGCGACGACAGCCACGCCACCUGACAGCGACGACAAUACCGCCUCAAACCUCGAGCCCAAGAGCCUCCAGACGGUAAUAUCGGAUGAGGAACUCGACAUCGCCAUUGACACCUUGAACACCCUCGCCAAAUACCCGAAUCUUAUCAAAUCGAAGCAAUGCCGAGAUCUCCGCGUUGCCGUUUAUGAGUUCCGUCAGAAUUGCGCCAGUGCCGGCACAAAUCUUGGACUUACAGCACGAAUUACCGGCGCCCUCACCGACGAGAAAUACGAUGAUGCCAGAAUACUGCUAUCUGAAAUGAGAAUCCGCGGCCAGGAGCCGAAGCUAGGAGCACUGUGUCGCUGGGUGCGCGACCUAGACGUCAUUAGCGGCCUAUCCACAUUGCCUGAAGGAGAGGGAGACGGUGUUACCAUGCAGAGAACCGAAAGGGACAAGCAGCGACUCUUAGUUCUUGAUGCCGUCUUGCGAGCUUGUGGCCACUCAGACAGCAAUCCCAAGGCCAUGCCUUUGCCACUCUCUUCUACACCUGGAAUCGCCCUGCAGGACACCUGGGAUCUUCGUCCCACCACGCCAUCCCUUCAGGUAUACGACUCUGUACUUGACAAGACAAUUUUUGAAUCAGCGCCGGCGAAUUUGGCAGCGUCUCUUCGCGUCAUUGAACGAACCCCCGGCCCGCUGCGGAAGCCGCCCAACCACCACGACGCACUCCUUUACACAACCGCGCCGAACACGAUACCCCUUGUCGACGAACGGCCACAAGUAACAGCACACGCACACCCUGUCGUGCCAGGGCUCAGCCUCCUAAAAGAUGUUCUCUCCGUAGAUGAAUGCAAAGCAAUCAUAACCGCCGGCGAGACCGUCAGCUUCCUCCCCGAUGCCCCUCUUCGCGAGGAUGGAGACAUUAGCAUUCUCGCUCACAACUUCUACUGGGUCGUUGAUACAACCUUCCACGAUGCGCUUUGGUCUAGAGUUUCGUCCUUCGUUCCCCAGUCGGUCGACGGACGAAUGGUACGCGGCCUUAACCGACGGUUCCGCGUAUACCGCUACGUCCCCGGAGCUGAGUACCGCGCGCAUAUCGACGGUGCCUGGCCGCCUUCUGGUAUUCUGCCAGACGACACAUAUGUCUACGAUGCAUCGCCCGAAGACAAGAAGCAGAGCUCCCUGUUCACGUUCCUCAUCUACUUGAACGACGAAUUUGAGGGUGGCGAAACGACUUACUUCCUUCCAGCGGCGCGGGAAGGCACGCUGAAUGCGUACCCGGUGCGACCGGUCAUGGGCGGAGUCGCCGUCUUCCCGCAUGGAGAUGCAAAGGGUGCACCUCUUCACGAGGGUACUGGUGUGAGAAAGGGCGCCAAGUACGUGAUUAGGACGGAAGUCGAGUACGACGUUAAGCCAACGGAGGAGGCAUGA